CCGCCCCGCUUCUGCUUCGCCGUGAGACUGACUGUGAUAGAUUCAUGGACGACGUCAUGACUUAAACCCUAAAUAAACCUCUCGCUUUCUCUCUCUAGCACCCCCUUCUCUCUCUCGAUGUCACGAACCCCACUCUCUCUCCUCAUCCUCAAGCGCCUCUCCCCUCCUUGCCCGGCCCCUAGACCCUACCCCCUCUUCGCCGGAAGACGGUACUCCUCCUCCUCUCCCUCGGCUCCUUCGCCGGAGCCGCCGCCGAAGCCGUCCAACCUCUCGGCUCGCCUCAGCUUUGUGUUCGAACAGAUCGACGCCAUCGAGAAGGAGCGCGAGCGGUCUCAGAAGGACGAGACUCUCCAGCGGAUACGCGCCUGGCGCGAGGCGAAGAACGGUCACUUGUCGCAGAGCGUGGGCGCCGAGACGGCGGGAACGGCCGGGGCAUCGAGCUUGGAUGGUGAUGGUAAGGAUGGGAGUUCGAGGGAGGAAGUGGGUUCGCCUGAGAGUGGAGUGAGUGGUUCCAAAGGAGGGGAGUCGGUGAAGGAGGUGGAGUUGGUGCAUCCGUGGAGAGAGUGGAUUGAGUUGAUGGAGAGGCUAGUGCAGCAGAAUUACUUUGAUCAUAGGAGGAAGGAUGAGGACAGGAUGGUGAGGGAAUCGGGGUUCGAGGUAGAAGAUAUUCCGGAGGAGCGUUUCGAUGGUAAUGCCGAUCUCAAGACUGUUCAGACGGCUUGCUUGAAUUUUGGGAAAGACCGGUUUGACAUCUUGAGGUCAUUGUCGAGACAGGACAUUCAAAUUCUUGUUGGUUAUGGAUGCCCUAGUGCUGACAAGAAGGUGGUUAUGGCUGCCAAACUGUUGAGAAAGCAUGUGCACCUUGAUGAAGGAGAUGUGUGUAGUUCCUGCAAUCUGAGGAGCUCCUGUGAAAAAGCAUAUCUUUUGACCAACAAAGAGGACGAGGCACGAACGAUUGAUGUAAUGCGAGUUUUGGCUACAUUUGGUCUUGAUCAUGCCCAUGGCUUAGUGGCAAAUAAACCUCUUCUGAAGCAAAAAUCUGUGAAAAUUGUUGUGCGCAAGUUGCUUCAUCAGGUUGUUAAGUUGAGUGCAGUUCCUAUUGAUCCAAACCUUCCCCCUCCAGUUAUCAAAAGACCUCCACCUAAGGUCAAACAACCUCCACCAACUCCAAAGAGACGAGUUGGACGGGAUGAUGUAGAAAUGAAGAAAGGAGACUGGUUAUGUUCUAAGUGUGACUUCAUGAAUUUUGCAAAGAAUACAGUGUGCCUACAGUGUGAUGCAAAGCGUCCAAAGAGACAGCUGCUUCCAGGAGAAUGGGAAUGCCCAGAGUGCAACUUCUUAAACUACCGGAGAAAUACGGCCUGCUUCCAUUGCGAUUGCAAGCGCCCGCCUGACCAGUUCAUGGAAGACAAAUUGCAGGAAAGACAUCAGAAUCCAAGGACAAGGCUGGAGAGGACUGCCAGCCGCCCAGAAGUCUCUAAUGCAUGGAACUUUGAUUUUGAUGAUGAUGAAUCUGAUGGAGCAGAUGUUGCUGCUUUUGAGUAUGCAGACUCGUCAAUGAAGGGCAAAGAUUCCUGUUUACAUAGCCCGGAGCAGGGGAGGAAUCAUCAAGGGUUUGAAGAAGAUUUUCGUCGUGAUAAUAAAUUCCCAAGAGUUGUUAACAGAGAAUACUCUGAUUCCGAUCACGGUUCUCGUACUGGUUUUGACGAUUUUGAUGAUGAGGAAGAUGACGUGGACAGAUACGAGCUAGAUGCACGGAAUAAUCCACCGGUUAGGAAUGGGUCAUCAAUAGACUUUUCCGAGUUUGAAGGGGACUCGGGUCCGAAGAUGGAGACGUAGACAAUAAAUCACUUGCCCGACAAAAACCAAGGUUACCCUCUCCCAAUAGGCAAUUGAAACCCUUACAUCGCGGGCCCUCUGUUCCUGGUUCAUAUGAUGAUGAAGUUGAUUUUGAUUCCGAGGAUGAGAGUUCAGUCCGUCCUAAUUGG